AUGCCAACUAAAACAACUAAAACCAUAUCUACGAAAACGGCGAUAACAGCAACAAUGAAAAGGACAAAAAAUUUUAGAGCGAAUUUAAAUUCGGUUAAUAACAUACCCGAAACAGAUAAUACGAAUUUGUUAUUUUUAAAAGGCGUUCGCUCGACUAAGACAUCAACAUCUACAAUCACAUCAACAAUAUCUUCUCUUAGCUUUGUAUCUUUAAGUACUUCAAAUCCAAAGGACUACCUGUCUCAACUUUCCGAAGGUGAAUUCAAAACAACGGGAAUAAUAGUAGUCACUAUAUUCCUCGUGUUGCCAGCAUUAUUUAUAAUUACACUUAGUUUAGUCACAGAUCCUUACUUACGUUGGCGAGAAAGACGACUGAAUCAGCGUCAAGUAGUUGACGUUAUAGACCCGUUUAUGAAUAAUUCGACGAUACAGUCAAUGGAUUAUACGUAUUUGUUGCAAUCGAAUUCUAGAAGACUGAGAAUGUCAAAAUAUGAUGAUUAG